UUGUUAUUUCAUGUGUUUAUUUAAUAUGUUGAAAAGAGGGGGUUUUAGACAUUACUUCAAAAAACACGUUUUAAAAUGGUUUAUAGUAUAUGUUGUUCAGCUUUUGUUACAGGGUCCUGGUUGUUUAGAUAAGAGCAGAGCAGGGCUCUGCUGCAGCUUCACAGUUUUUACUAAAAAAUAAGCAGUGCUAGUCUAAAACCUAGUGUAAAAAACUUUUUUUUGUCACUAUACAUUACUUUUAUAACCCUAGACUGUUUGUGCACGGUCUUUUUUUAUUAAAACACCUAUACCAAAGGACUGUGCCUUCAUUUUGGCAUGUCUUUUACCUCUCUUUGUUAAAAAGUGGGGAAAGAAGCAAUCUUCUUCUUCUCUCUAAUUCAGUGGUUUACAAAAUAAGAGGUUUAUAAACUGUCUGUUACUAAAAACCUGGGGUGCUUCUGCCUGUUCUUUUUUAUUACAAGACAAAUAUCAAAGGGAUGUGUCUUAGGUUUGUCUUUUUAAGCCAUUAUCCCUUUGCAAAACUUAAUGUAACUUUAGCCUGUGUUUGUUAAAAAGCAGGUAAAAAAGCAAACUCCUUCUCCGUAAUCCACUGAUUCACAGAGGCUGCUUUGCUAACAGGAGCUUUGCUGCAGCUUCACAUUGUCUUUACUAAAAAAAAAAAACCCUGUUAGUUUACAAUCUAGGGGAAAACCUUUAAAAAAUGGUGUGUUACUAAAAGCUUAUGGAUUUAAUUUGUAUAAAAACCCCUCUGUAAAAGGGCAUGACGGGAAAAUGCUGGAGGGUCUGUUUCUUUAGAUAAGAAUAAAACAGUUAAAAGGGAGGGGAGGGGGGAAGGAGGGAGUUGGCUCUUGUUUAAAAUCUUGGAACUCUAGGAUUGGUUCAGGAAAAUGAAUUCUAUGACGCUGCUGUAAAACCACCUCUGACUGGGCCGAUCCAAAGGCGAUGAUAACAAGUCUGAGAGGAUCUGAACCAGAAAAGUCGCCUCAUUCUACAGAAAGACGUAAAAGAAAAUGGCUUUAAACAUCCCCGGUCUGGUAGCCACAAUUGUGUUCUAUGCGAUAACGUUGGCAACUGGGAUUUGGGCUGCUUGGAAAACCAAAAAGGAGGAGAAGAAUGCAAACCGAAGCGAGCUUGCCAUGGUGGGAGGCAGAAAAAUGAACAUUUUUGUGGGAUUAUUCACCGCAGCUGCAACUUGGAUUGGAGGUGGCUACAUCAAUGGAACAGCUGAGAUCGUGUACGUCCCUACACGAGGGCUGGCCUGGGUCCUGGCUCCAGUAGGAUAUGUUCUAGCUUUUAUCAUUGGGGGCCUCUUUUUUGUAAAGCCAAUGCGAUCCAAAAGCUAUGUGACAAUGAUGGACCCCUUCCAAGAAACCUAUGGGAACACUAUGGGAACCCUUCUCUUUCUUCCAGCAUUGAUAGGAGAUGUAUUUUGGUUUGCAGCUAUUCUUUCUGCUUUAGGGGCUACAAUGAGUGUGAUCUUGGAUAUCAGAGAAUAUUUAGCUAUCAUCAUUUCAGCAUGUACUGUUAUACUCUACAUUUUACCGGGAGGACUAUACUCAGUUGCCUACACUGAUGUGAUACAGCUGGUUUUUAUGAUGGUCAGCCUGUGGACUUGUGUGCCAUUUGCGCUGCUGAACCCUGCAACUGAAAGCAUUUAUUAUACUGCUGUUAAUGAAUUCUAUCAAGUACCAUGGAUUGGCAAACUGGAAACAGAGUAUCUUGGAAGAUGGUUAGAUGAACUUCUGUAUGUGGAUCUUGGAAGUAUUCCAUGGCAGAUCUAUUUCCAAAGAGUCCUCGCAGCCUCCUCAUCCAGACAAGCAAGGCUCGCUUUUUAUUUUGCAGGGUUUGGGUGUGUUUUCAUGGCCAUUCCAUGUGUUCUUAUUGGCGCAGUAGCUGCUUCUACAGACUGGAAUCAGACAAGCUAUGGUCUGCCAACCCCUAAUGAAAGAGGGGAGUCUAGCAUGAUAUUACCCAUUGUUCUGCAGUAUCUUUGCCCAACGUAUGUUUCUGUUGCUGGCUUAGGAGCCAUUGCUGCUGCUGUCAUGUCUUCUGCAGAUUCAGCCCUUCUAUCAGCCAGCUCCAUGCUAGCUCACAACAUCUACAGGAAAAUUCUUAGGAAAAAGGCUACGGAGAAGGAAGUUGUCUGUAUAAUGAGGGUCUUCAUGGUGGUUUUUGGGGCAGCCGCUGCAGGCCUGGCUUUCCUUUCUAACUCUGUUUAUGAUCUGUGGUUCCUGAGUGGCGAGCUGGCGUACGCCCUUCUCUUUCCCCAGCUCUGCUGCGUCCUCUUCAUUCCCAACACCAACACAUAUGGCUCAGCUGCUGGAUUCCUCUUCGGGUUCCUGUUAAGGCUGCUGGCAGGGGAGCCUUCCCUGAAAAUCCCCCCUGUAAUCCACUACCCAGGCUGCUCCCUUGUAGACGGGGUCUACAUUCAGCUGUUCCCUUUUAAAACCUUCACCAUGCUUCUCACUUUGGGGACUAUUGUUGCUGUUUCAUACCUGGUGGCGUUUUUGUUUAACAGAAACAUCCUCCCUCAUGGGUGGGAUGUUUGCAGCGUAAUAAAAGAAAGUGAGGCUUCUGUUCCAAUCCCUGAGAUAGAUGAACAAGCGGGCUUACAAAUAAAUACAGACAUUUAAAACUAAUAAAGGAAUUUUUUUUUCACUACCACAGAAUUAACAUGUGGAAUCGCUGCCACAAGCUAUCACUGAGGCCAUAAGUUAAAAAAAAGAUACAGAGAAGGAUUAGAAGUUUGUAAAGAUAAUUAAAUAAAUCCACAGUUCUAUUAGAAAGGAUUUUCUUUAAAGAAGGACAUAAAUCAACCACUAACUGAUGGGAAUUGGGAAUAAACUUCCCUAUGGGCAUUUUAUUUCAUAGCUGUUAUGGGGGUUUUUGCACUUUCCUCUGACAGAUCUGGUGCUGGCCUCUGUUAGAGACAGGACACCAGACUAUGUGGACCUCAGCUGUGAGCCCAUACUGCAAUCCUAUGUUAUUAUGUAAAAGGUGUGUCAAAAACAGCCACAUGAAGAAUAUUUUGAAAGGCAGGUACUGUGCCCUUUCAAUAAAAAAGAGUAGAAGUCAUUCAUUUUUGGCUGCAUAAUAAUGAAAAUGAAGAAUCUGAACUCAGUUCAUUUUUCCCUCUAGUACCCAACUUUGAAAAAUGUAUGAAUAAUUACAAGCUUUAAGAGAUGCAUAUAUGUUUCAUUUAAACAUAUUGGGGCCUGUUUCUGAUGUAACUGUAUAGACUUCAGCUGAGUUGCAAAAGGAAUGAAUGGAGUGUCACGAACCAGGAUGUGAGUGGUCAUGCCUAGUGGUUGGAGCAGGAGUCAAGCGCCCGAGUUGGAGUCAGCGCUAAGUCAGGAAGCAAAGCUGGAGCAGACUGGAGCUGGGCAGGAACAAGGCUUUCACAGGAGCAAUUGCAGCUGUGGACAUGUACACUGAGUUCCAGAGAUCAGUUGUUGCUGUUGGGCUAAAGCGCAGGCUUGCUGACUUCCUUGGUCAAUCAGUGGGAGUGGUCAAUCAGGUGGCCUUGAGGGGAUCAGCUAUGCUCUUAGGCUGCCCAGAGACUGAGCAGGGAGCUGCACGGCCUCAUUCUUGACAAUGGGGCCUAAAUAUCUCAAUUCAUUGGCCUCCUAAAAGGCAGGUGUAAUGAUUCAGAAGCAGACAAAAUAGUCAAGGCAUGUAUGAGAAACAGAAAUGUAAUUGGCACACUUACACAGUGCAACUGUGAUCCGAAUCCCCUUAGUUGAGCCAUCUUUACUGGGCCAGGGGGAGAGACAUGUUCACCGUUUCAGAUAGCUGUGUUGUGCAGCUUUUAGGCAGAUGAAUGACAUCGUCUCCUUGAAAUAGGCUGACCAGAUAGCAAGUGUCAAAAAUUGGGACAAGAGGUGGAGGUAAUAGGUACCUAUGUGAGAAAAAUCGGGACAUCUGAUCACCCUACCUUGAAAGACCCCAAUUUACAGUUCAGGUCCUUACAGGCCACAGACACAUGGAGAACCUUCGCAUGGCCUGAAACCUAAACCAGUGCCAGAUCCGCUGGUCCCUUGUCUUCACCCGAUUCAGUUUCAAUGUGACAUCCUGCCACGUGCGAGAAACAGGACGGCAGAUGUCUUGUCCCAAAAGGACAAACUUGCUGAGUCACGCACAACACCUUGUACAACCAUCCUUAAGCCAAACACACUGCCUCAGGAAACAGGGGGAAAACAUAACAGGAGUUAAGAUUAUUUCUCAGCUGGAAUAGAGGAUGAUGAAGUAAACUACAGCAACCAAUUACAAAACAGCCACUGUAAAGCUGCAGUUGCUUUUCCCUGCCAAAUAUAAAGGGGCAACCGAGAAAGGGACGCUGAGAAAAAAAAGUCCUUAUAAAAGUGCAACCCUGCAGUUGGGAGAGCGGGAACUGGGAGGGGUUGGGGAAUUCGAUUACCAAGGAAAUGGCUCUUGGAGAAAAGGCUGCUGUGUUAUCCCUUGACUAUAGGAAAUGUGUGACUACUAAAGAUAGCUACUUUGGUGCAAAGAAAAAAUUCUUAAAAUGACAUGGCAACAUGUCCUUGCUGGGGCAGGAGCUGUGACUCUAGUGGGGUGCUAGUUGUCCACAGUGGCAAUCAGUAGCGUAGUCAUGUAUCCUUAGUUUUAUAAAUUCCUUUUUUGUCCCAGUUAUUGGCCCACUGAUUGACACAUUUACACAUCUAUGUAAAAAACAACCUCUGGCCUCCAAUGAAGAGCUGUCUUUGGAUGCGAUUGUGCUUUGUGGGCAUAUCAAGCAAAGCAGUCAAUGCUCACCUGCAGAUGCACCAUUACCGCUCCUCGCUUAUUUUCACACCUGCCGCCACUCACACUCCAUGGCAUUGAAGAAGGUAUCUAUGCCCAUCUGGGCAUUGUGGCUGCAUAAUUUUAUAUUCACCUUGAUUUUAUUAACAAUUCUCUCAAAAAAAGUUUAGGUUGUACAGUUAAAUGCUCAUCAGGAGAUGACAAAACUAAGGAUGUAUAUGUAACAUUAACGCUGCCCCCUUUUCCAUAUAUAUUACCUACCAUCUUUAAUAACAAGAUCACACACCAAUUCUAAAAUAAUACAAUAU